CUUUUGUUCCGCCCGCCCGCCCGCGCUGUCGCCCGAACGGCGGCCACUGCCGCCACCACCGCCGCCUCCUCCUCCUCGUCCCUCCUCCUCCUCCCUUCCUUCCUUCCUUCACGGGGGCGGGGGGAGGCAAUCAGAGACCGAAGAAGCCAUCGCGAAGAGAGAGCGAGAGGCGAGAGAGAGAGAGAAGGGGACGGCUCCCUCCCACCCCCCUCACCACCUCCUCUACCCAUCGCUGGCUGAGGAAUACAACAUCUCCGUGACACGAAGAGGAGGAGGAGCAGGAGGGGAGAGGCCGUUCGCAGUCCGCCUUGGGGCCGACUCGCCCCGACUCGUGCCCGUCCUCGCGAGGGCGACAAUGGACGAAUUCCAGGCGGCGGCGGCGCAGUUCCUGCCGGACGACCCGACGGCUCUCCGCGAGGCGGCGCGCAACCACAACCUCUACCACAUGUGGCGGGAGAUCUGGGCGCGCAGCGGGCGCGUCACCAAGGAGUGGAACCCCUAUGGGCUGGAGAGCCCCCAGGCCGACCCCAUGCCCAGCAUGCCCAAGGGCCCUGGGCCCGGGCCGGGCGCCCCCUGCGUGGCCCAGAUGGGCAAGGAGAGCCCCAUGUCGGCGGGCGUCCACGGCAUGCAGCCGCCGCCUCCGCCGCUCAGCGUCGGCAUGGACAAGGCCAAGGACCCCGACCCCAUGCCGGAGUUCCCGGCCGCCAGCCCCCCCAGUUUCCCGAGCAUCAUGGGUGGCCUGCGCCUGACGCAGAGCCCCCGCGCCCGCAAGACGCGCUCGGAGCAGCAGGUGCCGCUCGGGGAAGAAGCCGGCUCUCACGUCAUGUCAAGCUGCCCGGCCCCUGACCCACAACAACAGCAGCAGCAGCAGCAACAGCAGCAACAACAACAACAGCAGCAGCAACAACAGCAGCAGCAGCAGCAACAGCAGCAGCCGACACAGACCGGCACCCCGGGGCCCACCGUGGAGCCGCUCGACUGCGGCGCCGACACCGGAGCCGGCCCCAACGGCGGCGGCGUGGACGGCCCCGGCGGCCCCGGCGGCGGCGGUGGGGGGGGCGGCGGGGGGGGCGGCGCGGUGGGCGGAGUGGUGGGCGGCGUGGUGGGCGGCGUGGUGGGCGGCGUGCUGGUGAGCAAGGACGGGGGGGGUGCCGCGGCCUGCGAGCUGCUUCCCCGGCGCUCGUCGCACGUCAAGGAGAAGCGCUACAAGUGCGCCGACUGCGGCAAGCUCUUCCGCCAGUCCACCGACCUGUUCCGCCACCAGUCGCUGCACACGGGCGAGCGGCCCUUCCAGUGCGACCAGUGCGGCAAGAGCUUCGCGCUGACGCGGGACCUGGCGCGCCACCAGCGCACGCACACCGACGAGCGCCCCUACGUGUGCGAGCAGUGCGGCAAGAACUUCCGCCUGCCCGAGGAUGUGCUCAAGCACCAGCGCAUCCACACGGACAAGAAGCCGUACCAGUGCGACACGUGCGGCAAGGCGUUCCUGCGCUCGCACGAGCUGCUGAGUCACCAGCGCGUUCACACAGGUGAGCGGCCGUACCGCUGCGACAAGUGCGGAAAGACCUUCCGCUGGUCGCACAGCCUCAUCGGGCACAAGCGCACGCACAGCGCCGAGAAGAGCUUCCACUGCCGCACGUGCGGAAAGAUGUACAAGCACCGCGCCUCUCUGGCCCUGCACCAGAAGUCGCACAAGUCCGGCGCGCAGCCGGGCGGCGUGGCCGGCGCCGACGUGCGGGACAAGCCGCCCGCGUUUCCCGACGCCUCCCCCAACAGCUUCCACUCGGACUUCGGGCAAGGAAGCCAGGGCGGGGAAGGCGGGUGA